GAGGAGGAGGAGGAGGAGGAGGAGGAGGCAGAUGCGUUUCUGUGCCUGUAGAGACUUCGCUGCUUCGCCUCGGCCCUAUGUGACUCUGGGGGAAGGAUCAUGACCGAAGUCCUUCUCUCUGCUGCUCUGAACGGAACUGAACCCAACCUGUUAUCCAGCGGCGGCUGGUCUGCGGGAAACGUCACCACCAAGUGCUCCCUGACCAAAACCGGCUUCCAGUUCUAUUACCUGCCCACCGUCUACAUUCUGGUCUUCAUCACUGGGUUUUUGGGCAACAGCGUGGCUAUCUGGAUGUUUGUCUUCCACAUGAGGCCUUGGAGCGGAAUCUCGGUUUACAUGUUCAACUUGGCACUAGCCGAUUUCUUGUAUGUUUUGACUCUGCCCGCCCUCAUCUUUUACUACUUCAACAAAACAGACUGGAUCUUCGGAGAUGUCAUGUGCAAGCUGCAGAGGUUCAUCUUCCACGUGAACCUGUACGGCAGCAUCCUGUUUCUGACCUGCAUAAGCGUGCACAGGUACACGGGAGUGGUGCACCCCCUGAAGUCGCUGGGGAGGCUGAAGAAGAAGAACGCGGUGUACAUCAGCAGCCUGGUCUGGGUCCUUGUGGUGGCCGCGAUUUCUCCCAUUCUCUUCUACUCGGGAACCGGGAUAAGGAAAAAUAAAACCACAACGUGCUACGACACAACGGCUGAUGAUUACCUGAGAAGUUACUUCAUUUACAGCAUGUGCACCACCGUGCUGAUGUUCUGCAUCCCCUUCAUAGUGAUUCUUGGUUGCUAUGGGCUCAUCGUGAAAGCUUUGAUUUACAAGGAUUUGGACAAUACUCCUCUCAGGAGAAAAUCCAUUUACCUGGUCAUUAUUGUGUUGACGGUUUUUGCAGUGUCUUACCUUCCCUUCCACGUGAUGAAGACCUUAAAUCUAAGGGCCAGGGUGGAUUUUCAAACCCCAGAUAUGUGUGCCUUCAACGAUAAGGUUUAUGCCACUUACCAAGUGACGAGGGGCCUGGCCAGCCUCAACAGCUGCGUUGACCCCAUCCUUUACUUCCUGGCAGGUGACACCUUCCGAAGGCGCCUUUCCAGGGCCACCAGGAAAUCAUCCAGAAGGAGCGAGCACAACGUGCAGUCCAAAAGCGAGGACAUGACUCUCAAUAUUUUAUCAGAGUAUAAACAGAACGGGGAUACCAGUUUGUGAACGAAUGCAGAAGAUUUGGGAACGGUUCGAAAAAAUCCUCCGCUUUGAGGCAGUAGGAGACUGUAGGGCUUACAAGUGUGUGAGGGAAAUCUACCAGUCUCAAAUUCUUUUUUAGAUAAAGCCUCACUUUCUGGUCUUAGGAAAAGCUUAACUAAGUCAGUGGAAGAAUUUUAAUAGAAAAUAAUGUGUCAAAAUUCAGCUUGCCUUCAGUAGUUUCAUUUAUUUCUGACUUCUGUCAGAUAAAGUAAAAUGAAGUAAAUUCCCUAAAGGAGGAGAGCAAUCCAAGUGCAUCUGGUUUAAUGACUUAGUCUCCCACGUUUGAAAAUGUUCUCAGUCAGCCUGUCUUUAAAAAUAGGAAAUAAAAAUAAGAGCAGUAUCUUGUCUUCUGAGGCUCAGCCAUAGACCAGGCUUUCUGCUCACUCGCUGUUGUACGCAAGGAUUUAAAUCAAAGUCAUGAUGCAGUUGCCAUUUUCAGUUUUUUUUUUUUUCAUCUACUUCUAGUGCUGAUAAUUACUUGAUAGUUUGGUGGCAUUUUUGGUUCAGUCCUCUUUCAGUGCCGGUGUUUUACUCGAGGUAGGCUUUGCUGGUGUGUGCAUGGUUGUGCUUUGGGAUUGCGAUGGUGUUGAUGGCAGGGCUGGCCCCUUGGGUGCCCGGGGCUCCCUGGCACCGGCGCCGGGCGUGGGGAGCGGGGCCACGGCUCCGGGCCGUGCCCGGCGGCGGUGCCCGGUGCCCGGUGGCGGUGCCCGGUGCCCGGUGGCGGUGCCCGGUGCCCGGUGCCCGCCGCGGGGACGGGCCCGGCGUGGCCUGGCAGGCCGGGGAGCGCUGGCACCGCGUGGAACCCGAGAUGGGCGUGCAGGGAGCAGCUGAGCCUUGAGGCCGGCGGGGAACACGUGCUCCACGUGCCUGCCUCGGCUGCCAGGAGCUCCUGCUCCUGCAGAACGUGACACGGGCCGUGGCCCAACAACAGUGACUAUUAAAUGGAUAAUACAAAUGGAUUAUAUAUAUAUUAUAUAUAUAACAAUACUUGGGGGGAAUUAAUUUUUUUUGUACUUUGACAAACAAAUUACUGUAUUAACAAGAUGUUGCAAUAUACUACAGACUAAAUCCGGCCCUUUACUAUAGAUCUUCUCCAAAUGUGGAAUAGUUCAUCCAAAAUUAGCCAGACUGCAACAUUGUGUAACACAAGAGCUAGUGAUCAGGCACAGAUGAAAUUCUACAUGGGCAGUCUCACUCAUUUCUCAUGUUUUUAAUAAAUGUAUUUGAAAAGAUUUUGUGCUAAAAGCAGUAUAAAAGCAUGCUCUGAAUAAUGAAUUUAGUGUACAAAAUUAAGUGCGAUGUAAUCCUAAGGGUGAUUUUUAACACAUCUUUGUUCCUCUGGUCUGCAUCAUAAGAGUAAAAUAUUUAUAUUUUACUUAUCAAUUCCAGUGAUUGGUUACAAAUGAGAGUAGCUGUAGUUAUUUUUUGAUGACAUUGUUAAGCAGCUUCUGUUUGUAUGUACGGCUUCCUCUGCAGAGUCCCUAUUUAUUGAACUUAUUUAUUAGGAUGCUAAAUGUAAAGUUUGUAAAGUGUGGUUCUCUGUGGUCAUAUUCAGGAUUGGGCAUUAAUGGAAAAUUGAAGAGCAUGUUUCAAUCAGUGUAAUACCGUGUCUUCUAACAGCACACCUUUAUAAUAAACUCAAUUCCACCCUGACUAUUCACUGCUGAUAUGUAACCUAGUGAUAAAUUAAACUACUGAUUUAUAGCCUAGAGGUAAAUGAAGCUCCAGCUUAGGAAGCCUCUUAAAGCAAUGUGGAGAGCUCAUUUAGCCCUAUGAAAAAUGUAGAACUAGUGAAAAAAUCUCAAGCAAGGGUCAAUUGCUAAUUAAUCCUGACUGACAAAGCCUGUGGAACAGCACCGACUAUUUAUAUACCACAGAAAGAGCCCGAUUCACAAUAAAUGACUUCUCCUAU